GGGAAAGCGACCUUUGACUUUCCUCCUUGCAGCAUCAGCCGACCAGGCGCGGUCUGGAAGGGGAUUGGUCACUUGCCGGAACCUUCCACAUCACUUGGUGUUUUUUUUUUAAAAAAAAAAACCAACCACCUGGCAGAAAUUUGCACACAGAAUGAAGUCUUGGCCUCUCAGGACCUAAGCCACCUCCGUCAAGUGAGUUCUGGACUUGGGAAGGAAGAUUAUCUUAGGGUACUGUUGGAGAACACCUCGGCAUAAGGAGAGAUGGCCGGAAAUGCAGCAGGCCCCGAAGGGGUCCAAGGGCCUCAUGCUAUUGACAUUGGGAGCAGAGGGGAAUUCUGGGAAAGGACAGUGCAGAAGAUCCUGGGGGAAGAAACCACCAAUUUAGAGGUCCAGCGCCAGCGAUUCAGGCAGUUCUGCUAUCAAAGGGCUGAGGGCCCCCGAGAAGUUCGCAGCCAACUCCACGAUCUUUGCCACCAGUGGCUGAAGCCAGAGAGGCACAGCAAGAAGGAGAUGCUGGACCUGGUGAUCCUGGAGCAGUUCCUGGCCGUCCUGCCCCCGGAGAUGGAAAGCUGGGUCAGAGGAUGUGGGCCGGAGACCAGUUUCCAAGCGGUGGCCCUGGCAGAAGUCUUUCUCUUGAGUCAGGAAGAGGAUGAGAAACCGGAAGGGCAGGUGUGGGGCCUGUCAGCCGAAGCAGCUGCCAAUUUCUGCGUGGCACAGAAUUCUUCAUCUCACAGUGGACAGAGGCUGCCGUUCAAGGGGAUUUUGCAGGCUGGAGACCAAAGUACCUGUUCAGUGGAUAAAAGAACCUCCCCAGAAACGCCUCCAAGGUCGACAUCGGAUUAUGCUGGAGAUGAAACGGUUUCUGCGCAGCCAGAUCACGGUCUGCUGACUUUGGAGGAGGUAUCCGUGCAUUUCACCGACCAGGAGUGGGCCCUGCUGGACGCAAGCCAAAGAGCUCUGCACAGAGAAGUCAUGCUAGAAAAUUAUGGGAUGGUGGCCUCUCUAGAAGGCGACAUCCGGGAGAGCAAGAAGGAGGGAAGGCCAAGUCCGAUUCUGUUGAACCGAGUCCGAUUGAAUGGGGGAGAUCAGCAGAGGAGGAAAACAGAAGUGAAACGGAAGAGGGAGAACAAAUCUUUUGCAUUGCAAGAUGCAAAUUUCCACAAAAUCCCAAUCCAGGAAAAAAAAGAUGAAGGGAAGGGAAAGAAGGGUGACGUUUGCGAAAGCAAUAAUGAAGGAGAAUCACAUGAGAUGACUCUGGAUGGAGCAGGUUAUAUAACAGAGGAGCCAAUGUGGAAAAUUGAAAUAAAACAGGAAAUAGGGAGUGACUCCUCUGCUUUUCAGGGUGGCAAGUUCCAGGAAAUCCCUGUCCAAGAAAAAAUGGGGAAAGGAAAUGAACAAAACUGGGAGAGUAGAGUGCAGGGAGAAUCACAGCAGAUCUCACUGGAAGGACUGGGAAGUACAGAAGAGGACCAUCCGUGGAAAAUAGAAAUAAAAGAAGAAACGGAGAAUGAAUCCUCCACUUCUCAGGGCGGUGACUUUCCUGAAAUCCCAAUCCAAGUUAAAAUAGGGAAGGGAAAGGAAAGAAGCAAGUGUCCGGUUUGUGGGAAGAGCUAUAGCUGCAAAUCGAGCUUUAAUGCUCACUGGAGAAUCCACACGGGGGAGAAUCUGUAUGAAUGCUUGGUUUGUGGAAAGAAUUUCAUUCAGAGUUCGCACCUCACUUCGCAUCUCCGAAUCCACACAGGGGAGAAACCAUUCCAGUGCUUGGAGUGCGGAAUGAGCUUCAAAUGGAAUGAGCAACUCCGUUCGCAUAAGAUAGUCCACACGGGCAAGAAGCCGUAUCAGUGCAUGGAGUGCGGGAAGAGCUUCAUUCGCAGCACGCACCUCACUUCACAUCAGCUGAUCCACACGGGAGAGAAACCAUACAAAUGCAACGACUGCGGGAAGAGCUUCAUCCGGAGUACCGAGCUUACCAUCCAUCAGAGAAUCCACACGGGAGAGAAGCCGUAUCAGUGCUUAGAGUGCGGGAAGAGUUUCUCUCAGAGCACCAACCUCACUUCGCACAAAAGAAUCCACACUGGGGAGAAACCGCACAAAUGCCUGGAGUGCGGAAAGAGCUUUACUCAGAGGUCCUACCUGAGUAGGCAUCACCGGAUUCACAUGAAGCCCUACAAAUGCUCAGAAUGUAGCAUGAGUUUUUGUGACGAAUCGGACCUUAAAGCACAUCAGGUCGUCCACGCGGGGGGAAAUCCCUCAAACCCUCGAUACGUUUGGAGCGUGGAAAGAACUUCAGGUUCUUCACAGAUUUUACUUCACAUUGAAGGAUUAACGCCCGUGUGGAAACAUAUGGACAAUCAGAAUAAAACUUUCCCAACAGAUCAGCCUUUAAUAACGGUUACAAACCCUAAUUUUUAUUAUAACAAAGUACUGUUGCCAGAGACAUUGGAAAAUGCAGCGGAGACAUCGUUGUACUGCAGACAGCGGCUGCUGUUCCAGAAGACUGUGUCGAAUAAUGGCUCAGAAGCUACAGUGAUAGGUGACGGCAUGGAAUUGGAGAGGUAUUUUAGGGCGUCUCUUCCUGAUGAGGGACUGGAAGCUGUUCCUGUGCAACCCAAUCAGGCAGGCAAAGGUGAAUUCCUCCCUGGCAUCUCUCCCGGAGGGGAAUCUGUCUCUUCCAUUUUAUCAGUUGUCUUGGUGGACCUAAUUAGUUUCCACAUCCCUCCAACCACCAGCAGGGAACUGGUGACCUUGGAGGAGGUGUCUGUGCAUUUCACCAAGGCGGAGUGGGCUCUGCUGAAUCUGGGCCAAAGGGCCCUGCAAAGGGAAGUCAUGGAAGAGAAUGCUCAGUUUGUGAUCUCUCUGGCCCAAGAGGUGGAAAAUAAAAGCGAUACUCACAAACUGUCAUUUGAGAGAUCUGGAUGUCAAGAACGGAAAGAGGACAGAAGAGAAACUGGAGGAGGGCAGAGUCUAGAGAACACAUCCGUUGCUUCUUGGGAUGGUGACUUUCAAGAUGUUCAGAUCCGAGGGGAAAUAAAUGAGGAUCAGGAAAAGAGGAAAGGAAGUGUUGAUUUGGAAGGGUUUGGCCAUAAACGAAGCCUGAAUACAGGAGAGAAGCCUUAUGAAUUCUUCAAACCUGGAAGGACCUUCAGUCUAAACACAAUGUUUAGUUCUCAUCAAAGAAUCUCCACCAAGGAGAAACCAUACAUUUGUUCUGAGUGUGGGAAAGGUUUCUGCCAUCGCCCAAGUCUAUUUAGGCACCAAAGGAUCCACAAAGGGGAGAAGCCAUAUGUGUGCUUGGAGUGUGGAAAGAGCUUUAGUGAGCGGAUGAACCUAGCAAGGCAUCAAAUCGUCCACAAGAGGGUUAAGUCACUUAAAAGUACCAACGACAAGAUGGAUCAGCUUCAUACAUCAAGCUUUCAAAGCCACCAGAAAGCUGAGAUGGAGGAGAAGCCAUAUAAGUGCCUGGAAUGUGGAAAGAGUUUCAAACAGAAGAUAAACCUUAUUUCCCAUGAGCGAAUCCACACAGGGGAAAAACCCUAUGAAUGUCUGGAGUGUGGAAAGCACUUCAGACAAACAACACACCUUAUAUCACAUGCAAGAAUUCACACAGGUGAGAAGCCGUAUCAGUGCUUAGAAUGUGGGAAGAGUUUCAGCCAGAGCACAACUCUUAGUUUACAUCGAAGUAUUCACACAGGGGAGAAACCAUACAAGUGCUCAGAGUGUGAAAAAAGCUUCCACCAGAGGACAAAACUAAUUACACACCAAAGUGUUCACACAGGGGAAAAACCAUUUAAAUGCCUGGAGUGUGAGAAAAGCUUCAGUCAGAGUGCAUAUCUCAUUAGACAUCAAGGAAUUCACACUGGGGAGAAGCCAUACAAGUGCUUGGAACGUAAGAAGAGCUUCAGCCAGAAAGUAAAGCUUGCUUCAAAUCACACAAGGGAGAAGCCAUUUAGAUGCUUGGAAUGUGGGAAGUGCUUCACACAGAGCACAGGUCUCAUUAGACAUCAAGGAAUUCACACAGGAGAAAAACCAUUUAAAUGUCUGGAAUGUGGGAAAGGCUUCACUCAGAGUGCUGAUCUGGUUAGACAUAAAAGAAUUCACACAGGGGAGAAACGGUUUCAGUGCUCAGAGUGUGGGAAGAGCUUCUCUCAGAGUAGAUAUCUUAAUUCACAUCAAAGAAUUCACAUAGGAGAGAAACCAUACAAAUGUUUGGAGUGUGGGAAGAGCUUCUAUCAGAGCAGAGAUCUUACUUCACAUCAUAGAAUCCACACAGGGGAGAAACCAUAUAAAUGCUCACAAUGCAGUAAAAGCUUUUCUCAGAGUAGAGUUCUUAGUUCUCACCAAAGAAUUCACAGUGGAGAGAAACCAUUUAAAUGCUUGGCGUGUGGGAAAAGUUUUUUUGCACAGGCAAAGCUAAUUAAUCACCAAAGAAUCCAUACAGGGGAAAAACCAUAUAAAUGCUCCGAAUGUGGGAAGAGCUUCAGUCAGAAGAUAAAUCUUACCUCACAUGAAAGAAUCCACACUGGGGAGAAACCGUAUAAAUGCUUAGAGUGUGAGAAAAGUUUCUGCCACAGCUCAGGUCUUCGGUCCCAUCAAAGAAUUCAUACAGGGGAGAAACCAUUUAAAUGCUCAGAAUGUGGAAAACGUUUCAGUCACAAGAUAAAUCUCACAUCGCAUGAAAAAAUCCACACAGGGGAGAAACCAUAUAAGUGCCUGGAGUGUGGGAAGAGUUUCUGCCAGAGCUCGGGUUUUAAGGUGCAUCAAAAUAUCCACACCAGAGAGAAAUUGUUUCCAUGCUCGGAGUGUGGGAAGAGCUUUAGUGCUAAGGGGAAUCUCAAUUCACAUCAAAGAUUUAACUCCAGGUGUCGCAAGAAGGAACCUGUGAGUCCUCGCUUGAUUUCCUCUCCUCUCCAUUCAGAAAUUGUCCCUAUUUCCCAGAAUGCAAUCUGUUCACAGAAUCCUGUGAAACAAGAAUCCAAUCAAACUGGAAGUUUUCACUUAUUUCCUGUGCGAAGAAAUGAGAAAAUGAGGAACUGA